UAUAAAGUCGCCAUGUUUACACUUCUUGUAAAAUGGCGGGUAGAACUAAUCGGAAUUUUCUUGACAUAAUCCAUUUAUUUCUGAGCUCAACAAGCUGAACUGUGCACUAAGGUUUUAGGAUGAGUUUGUUGAAGAAAUGGGCGUCCUUUUCGCCGUCACAAACUGCAAGCAGCGAGGUAGAGAGGAGAAAUGUUCGAGAAGUUCAUCAGCAGAAUGCAGAGAAUUUAAAUCUUGUAGAUAUGCACUGGAACAAUUCUAAGCAAAUCAUGGGCUUGGAUGAAAAGACAGUCAGUGAUAAGGAAAAGUGUAAGAUCCUGGUGUAUCAUUUGAAUGAGAUCGUUUCAGUCUUAAUCGAGGAAAGAGAAGAUUAUCCUGGUAGUUGCUUGAAGUACGUCCUCGACGAGAACGUCUUUCAGGUACUGUAUGUAUGGAGCACUGCAGAAUCAAGAGGAUCUACAAGAGAUAUAAUUAUGAGAUCAGAACAGAUGAAGAUUUAUAGAAACCUCAUUGAUAGAUGUAGGAGUCCUUUAUUACUAUACGAAGAAAUCUGGGAGCCACUUUUAUUUCUCCUUCACUCGUGUGCUAAUGGCGUCCCAGCAGAGAUGGAGAAUGAUUUUGUAUCUGUUCUGAAAGGCUUAUGUGUGAGCGUAAACAGAGAUUUCGCUUUGCUAGACUUAUUUUUCUUGGGGAAUCAUAGACACACAGAGGUUAGGAAUCUUUCUGUGUUUUCUUUACUGAUUCCUUAUCUUCAUCGGGAUGGUAAUGUUGGUGUGUGGGCCAGAGAUGCUGUUCUUUUAUGCAUGGCUCUUUCUUCAGUAGACGAACGUCUCGGCAACUACAUCUUAGAAAAGACCAACUUUUGCCCGGUACUAGCUACUGGUCUUAGUGGCCUUUUUUCAGAUCUUCCCACAUCACUUGAUAUCCCGUCAGAAGACUGGUACUCGCUAGAGAGAGGUUUAUGGGCAACCUUUCCUGAACUUGUUGCUUUCCUGACUUCAUUGGAAUUCUGUAACAAUGUGAUUCAGAUAGCACAUUCUAAAGUACAGACCAUGUUGCUGGAACUCAUCUAUAAUGGAUUUUUAGUCUCUGUUAUGUCUUCAGCAUUGUCACAGAGUUCUACAGAGGCCCUGACAGCAGUGACUGCUUACAUAGAUUUAUUUUUGCGUAGCAUUACUGACUCCAAAUUGAUGUCAGUGUUUGUCAAGUUCAUUCUUACAGAAAAGUGUGAUGGGAUACUUGUCCUGGAUUCACUUGUAUCCAGGAUUAGUCAUGAAUCCCAGCUGUCUGUAGUGUCUUUAGGAUUAUUUUACACCCUACUGGAUUUGAAUUGUGAAGAUAUCAUGUAUACACUAGUUUUGAAGUAUCUUAUCCCUUGUUCUCACAUCCUCAGUAGUCAGAAGAGAGUAGUCAGAGAGGUAGACUACUACAGUAAGAGUGCCGCCAAGUUCCUGUCCCUGAUUCCAUCUUGUUGUGAUUCAUAUCAUCAAUCCAGUCAGCCAAUGUCACCAACAUCUUCGUCAGAAAGCCUUAAUAAAUCUGUAGAUGGCCAAGUAAAGAUUGACUUGGAAACCUCACAUGACCUUGUUAUGUACAGGCCCCACCUCAUGCACACCCGUUACAGURAAGUCCAAUCUGAUUAUAUGGAAUACCUCAUGGAUGCUCGUACGGCAAUACGCUACUGUGCCAUGCGCUGCUCAUGCUGGAGCUCCACUUAUGAUGGCGCUGACCAUUUGACCGUAGACUCGACUAGUGAAUCAAGCAAACGUCAUUCCAUGUCUCAUGUAAAUGGCGCCAUUCCUGGCCGAACGGCCUCGGACUUAUCAAGCUAUACAUCAAACCAAACACCUGGAAUCAAAAGACAGCGAUCGCUGUCCGAAUUCGAAAACCCAAAGCAAGAAGUAAACUUAGGACUAUUCUUAGACACAAUUUUUAAGAAGCUGGAGAAUAUGCAUAACAAUACAUUUUACGUGAAUCUGAUACUUACAGCAGUGAUCACACGGUUAUCAUACUACCCGCAGCCAUUACUCAAGUCUUUCUUGCUUAACUACAACAUGGUGCUCAAGCCUGGAGUUAGAUCACUAUUUCAGAUUCUCAGUUCUAUCAAAAUUAAGGUAGAAAACGUUGUUGACAACGUGGAUGGUUUAGAAAAGUUGCUGCGUCGAGCAAGAAAAAACCUUAUCCUACGAGAGGAAAAGAGUAAAGCUAGUAUUCAAAGCGUCGUUGCUAUCAAUUCAAAACCAAAGGAACCUAAAAAAAUCAGCUCAAAUGACACAGGAAGCCCACGCUCACUUAAACAUCAGCAACGCCAAAGAACUGAGUCAUCACUGUUGUAUGUGGUCAAGCUACUAAAGGAUGGUCCGCCCCCUUCACUUGAUAAGGGACUUGGGUUUGGGAACAUAGAGACGAAGAGUACAUCGUCUAGUUUGUCUCUAACUGAAUCUGUUGACACUCCUGAAUCUAUGAGCCCACAGUAUGGUAGCACAGCAGACUUGACCACUAGUGCAAGUCCCGAGGGUGCGACACCUGUAGCAAGCCCAAAAGCAGAAAGAUCAGAGCAGAAAAGAGUGCCUACAGGGAUUAAAAAUACUUAUAAGCGAAAAAACCCCAAAACCAUCAAGAAUGCUGUAUACUGUGUGAUUGUAUUGGAGGAAUGGUUAAAGGAGUUAGCGGCGAUUUCACAAGAGCAUGCGCUUUGGUCCUUUGAUGACCAGGAAGAUGUUAGCUAGGAAACGGUUAUGUUAGCAAUUGAAAUGAAGAAAGAGGUUGAACACCUUCAAGCACACCAACGUCAGUCAUACAAAAUCAGAUAUCAGCAUAUACUAUAAGCAUAUUUUUACAUUCCAGGCCUUUGAUGGAAGUUUUCAAAUUUAUUCACAUCUCUAUUAAAGGACUUGUGAAACUCGUUUUUGAUACUGUAAGUCAAACACUUCAAUUGAUGGUUUUCAACCAUUCCCAAGAGAAUUAGAUAACAAAAGACACGGCGGCCAUGUUGGAGGAUAUAACAAAAGAAUUCAUUGACAUUCUUUUGUUACGUUCCUCCAACAUGGCCGCCGUGAAAACAAUCAAUCUGACACCCGCAGCAAUCUAAAAAAUUUUUUACUAUUGCAGCAUGAAGUAGUGACACACCUUCAUACCGGUUGAUGAGUAGUUCAUGAAGUCAGUAUUUUGGUUUUUCAUUUAAUUUUUGUUUUUUGCAAUAAUUUUUAAGGUCUUAAUUUUACAGAUAAUAUUAUUUUUUUCAUCUACUAUAAAUUACAUAUAUUUAAAUAUAAACAUUUCUCAUAGCACGACCAUGACACAGCAAUUCGGAAUUUUCCUAAGAAGCAUAGGAUUACUUUCCAAGCGUUAAAGGUUUAGAUGUGGAUAUAAGUUGGGGUGGGGGUGUGGGUAGGGAUUGUGGUAACCCCCUAUUGCAAGAAAACUCCCUAAAAGAAAAGUAUGAACACAAUUCGAAUGAACGAUCUUAUUCUCAAGAGAAUGACACAUGGUCUGUAAUGGGCAAAAYAUUACACCUGAGGAGAGUUGGUACGUUAAAUAUAGGUCCUUUUACUCAGUGAGAUGGUACGUUCUCGACUACUUUGGGUACAAAGAAUACCUCUUGUAUGGAUACAGAUAUAACCAUGAUUUAUAUGAUAUCCUUCAGCAGAAUAAAUACUUAUCUCACUAAGA